CCUCUUCAAAUUCUCUCCAACUCUCCAUCAGAGGAAAAAACAUGGCAAACGACAGGCAAAAGGUUGUCCUCAUUACUGGAUGCUCCUCUGGAAUUGGUUUAAAGCUUGCUACCCAUCUUGCAAACGACACCACGAAACAAUUUUAUGUUAUUGCUACCAUGAGAAAUUUAAACAGGAAAGGACAGCUGGAAGCAGCUGCUGGAGAGACUCUAAACAAGACAUUACACAUCAGACAGCUUGAUGUUUGCAGUGAUGAGUCAGUGGCAGAAUGCCUCAAUAGUAUACAAGAUAAAGGAGUUGAUAUACUAGUAAAUAAUGCAGGUAUUGGAAAGAUUGGCCCAGUAGAAAGUCUCAGCAUCCAGGAAAUGAAGAGUAUUUUCGACACAAACUUUUUUGGAGCUGUUCGGAUGAUCAAGGCUGUGCUGCCAGACAUGAAGCAAAGAAAGUGUGGGCAUAUUGUUAUGAUGAGCAGUGUGAUGGGACUCCAAGGAGUUAUAUUCAAUGAUGUCUACGCUGCCUCUAAGUUUGCCAUGGAAGGAUUUUGUGAAAGUCUUGUAGUCCAGCUUCUUAAGUUCAAUAUAUAUGUUUCAAUGAUAGAACCUGGUCCAGUAAACACGGAAUUUGAAAUGAAACUCAUGGAAGAAGUGUCACAUUCCACAUUUCCAGGAACAGACUCAGAGACAGUCCAGUAUUUUAAAGAUAUCUACCUCCCUGCAUCAAAUGACAUCUUUGCCACAAUGGGACAGACUCCAGAUACAAUUGCCAAGGCAACCGUCAAAGUGAUAAAAAUGGAACGGCCAGUAUUUCGUUACCAAACCAAUAUGCUUUAUACACCACUGACUGCAAUGAAGUACGCUGACAAUACAGGAAAUCUGUCAAUCCGAAUGUUUUACAACUUACUUUUCAACUAUGGAACUUUCUUUAAAAUAAGUUUAAAUUGCCUUAGAAUUAUAACAUGCAACUGCUUCCGCAGCAGUGCUGUUUCUCCAAACUAAAUGGGAUUAUGAAGAAUCGGCCUUUCUUGCAGCCAAGCUGUUAUUUAUAGCAGUGUUAGCCAUUGCAUUUCAAUGCCCAAGCCUCAGAAAUUUUCAAGUACUCAGAGCAACAAAGUUGUUUUGAAUAGAAUCUAAAAAUCAAACAUAUGCAGAGAAGACAAGAUAAUAAUAGAUAAGACAAGACAAUUAUAGAUAAAAAUAAUAAACUAAUAAAAAUAGAUAAGUUAUUGAAUUAAGUUCUAGGUGUCCUGGACCCAGAUCCUUCAGCCAGGGAUAAUGACAUUAAAUGGUUUUCUGAAAACUCUAAAGGACUUUAAUAAACAUAUGCAGUUGAAAUUACAAAUUUCCUAAAACAUACCAUUAUAUUUCUCAGAUUGCAAAAUUCCAAUGACAGUACUAAAUAUUCAUUAAUUUGACUACCAAUUUUCAUUAUUUUCAAGUGAUUCGCUAUCGCAGUUGGCCUAACUAUUCUACAUGACUUUAUUAUAAAAAUAUAAUUCAAACAGAAGAAUUUAGAUCAAAUGGGGAUACAGUUCAGUUGCACUGGAACUCUUUCAAUUAGCUACAAGCAAAAGUAACUCAGUUUGAGGCUCUUCCAAGUAUUAGCCUCAACCCACAAGUCCAACAACCUAAACCAUUCCACCAAUGGCCAGGACAGGUUCCACUGCAGAGAUGAGUACUGAAGCUAACAGGCAGAUCUCCCCCAUAAUCCUACUAAUAGCCUCUGAAGCAUUGAUCAGAGCAAAGAAACUGGCGGCACGGUGGCUCAGUGGUUACCACUGCAGCCUCACAGCGCCAGGUUCGAUUCCCAUCUCAGGCGACUGUCUGUACGGAGUUUGCACAUUCUCCUCGUGUCUGCGUGGGUUUCCUCUGGGUGCUCCGGUUUCCUCCCACAGUCCAAAGAUGUGCAGGCUAGGUGUAUUGGCUGUGCUAAAUUGCCCGUAGUGUUCAGGGGUGUGUGGGUUAUAGGGGGAUGGGUCUGGGUGGGAUGCUUCAAGGGGCGGUGUGGACUUGUUGGGCCAAAGGGCCUGUUUCAGCACUGUAGGGAAUCUAAUCUAGUCUAAAAAAAAGCCAGUUCAGCAGGGAUUGACUCUCAGUUCAGUCGCAGAAACAGUGUCCACAUUUGUGAGAGGGCACAUAACCAAACAAACAGCACAAGAUCAUCAACCAGAAGGACCACCUGAAGUGAUUAGUCCUGGAAAGAAUGAAGUCUGGCAAGGAGAAGGUGGAGGUUUCAAUCAGGAGAUUACAGUCAUACAAUUGUUACAUUGCAGUGUUUGGUCCACAGAUUCUGUUACCUGCUGCCAAUCUCUAGUCUUUUCCCCAAAUCUCCGAAUGCCAUUUCUAUCCAAAUAGUCAUCCAAUAUCCUCUUGAGUGUCUGUCAGCUGCAAGAUAUAAUGAGGAUAAUCAAUUAUCUGUCAAUUGGAUUCACAUCAGUAUUGUUGGUAAAGUUCCAUUGUACUGUGAGACAGGAAGAACUGCUGAUGCUGGAAUCUGAGAUAACACAGCAGGCCAGGAGGCAUCAGAGGAGCAGGAAAGGUGACAUUUCGGGUCGGAACUCUCCCGACCCGACACGUCAGCUUUCCUGCUCCUCUGAUGCUGCCUGGCCUGCUGUGUUCAUCUAGCUCCACACUGUGUUAUCCAUUGUACUGUACAAUGUACAAUGAAACCAUACGCGUGGGUUCAGUUCCCACACAGGGUGAGAUCACAAUGAAGGAUGCUCUUUCCCAACCUCUCCCCUCACCUGGUUAAACCACCACCAUCAUCCCUCCCUCUAAUGACACAGCAGCCCUAUGGUUUGGUAAGACUAUGGCGACUUCACCUUUAUGAUAAAAGAAAUGAAAAUAACAAUUAUGUUUCAAUACCCACAAUAACUGAGCUCCUGGAGUAACUGGAUGACUGACUGUCUGCCACCUCGUCUUCAGAAACUUCCAAGGAAAUAAAAUCAUUUGAAAAUAAAAGAAAUGCUAAUUAUAAAUUGUUGUGAUUGCUUGAUAUGU